CGGAAGUCCGGGAGGAGACUGCGGCUGCGCUUCUCGGGAAAGGGCAAGCGUCCUGGGCCGGGCCACUUCCGUACUUCCGCUUUCCGGCCCAGCCAGCGCCCGCGAUGACUGCCACUCUCCGCCCCUACCUGAGUGCCGUGCGGGCCACACUGCAGGCUGCCCUCUGCCUGGAGAACUUCUCUUCCCAGGUUGUGGAACGACACAACAAGCCGGAGGUAGAAGUCAGGAGUAGCAAAGAGCUCCUGUUACAACCUGUGACCAUCAGCAGGAAUGAGAAGGAAAAGGUUCUGAUUGAGGGCUCCAUCAACUCUGUCCGGGUCAGCAUUGCUGUGAAACAGGCUGAUGAGAUUGAGAAGAUUUUAUGCCACAAGUUCAUGCGCUUCAUGAUGAUGCGAGCAGAGAAUUUCUUUAUCCUUCGAAGGAAACCAGUGGAGGGGUAUGACAUCAGUUUUCUGAUCACCAACUUCCACACAGAGCAGAUGUAUAAACACAAGUUAGUGGACUUCGUGAUCCACUUCAUGGAGGAGAUCGACAAAGAGAUCAGUGAGAUGAAACUGUCAGUCAAUGCCCGUGCCCGCAUUGUGGCUGAGGAGUUUCUCAAGAAUUUUUAAACAUCUGGCUGGAUCUCGUGGCCUUCCCCCUCAGAAUCCUGUGUCUCUGCGAAGUCGUCCUGGAGUUACGUCUCAGAGCGGCAGUGGAAGCAGAGGAGGGGAACUGGGUUGGGGUGGGCAUCAGACGUGGGAGGGGGGGAUGGUGUGCUUGCUAGCUGGCAACAAAGCAGCAGUGGACCUGCCCCAAGGCCACACGUGCCUGGUCAGGCUGGCUUCUGAUGUUCAGUCCCCUGGGCUGGGACAGAUUUUUUUUAACGUCUUGAAACUUAAACUGUGCUUGUAGGAGACUGUAAUCUUUUUGUCUUUUUUUUUUUUUUUUUUUUUUUUAAACAAUCUCCACCUUCAGUGGCUGUUACUGGUCCCAGUGAUUGUACCUUAUUGGUCGCUGUGGGUCUGGGCGGGCCUGGAGCCAGAAGGCGACUGACUACUGUUCCUCCCCCAGUCCACCCUGUGUGGGGAGGGAAGGAGGUUUCAGACUCUAGUUCCUCUCCUUUGCCCUCUUAUUCUCAAGCCUCCUUGGGCUCAUUAGCAGUGGCCAGCUUCCUGAGCUCUGCCUGAAGACGGCCACCCAGCACUGGUUGGGGACAAGGGCUGAACCAGUGGCCACCAGCCAUGCCCAGGAGCUGGAGUGAGAAAGCCAGGUAACCUCUGGCCACAGGGGCUGCUUCAAGCCCUUCCAGCUGAGAGGGGCCUGUGUUUCGCCUUGUCUGUCAGUGCAGUGCCUGUACUAAAGGUAGAGAGGUGAGUCCUACCAGAUUCCUGGCUGGGGCCCUUUCACCUGCCCUGGCUCCUCUGCUCCCGUGCUCGCUGUACCUUUUCUUAUUCCAGUGGAUCCUCCCUCCCCUGAUUAAAGUCUCUUCUUGCCCCUUUGGGGCUGCAUGA